GCUAUCAUCUAUACAGAGGUCAUGGUGGUGGUCAAAUACCUGUUUCAGUUUGGCUUCUUCCCGUGGAAUACGGAGUAUGAGCUAAAGUUAAAUGAGGACAAGCCGUUCUUCCCUCCUCGCAUCCUGGGCCUGGAGAAAACUAACAACUUCAUCCGUUAUGAUUUGCUCCAGCUAUUGGCCCUUUUCUUUCACCGGUCACUUCUCCAGCGUUAUGGUCUCUGGGACGGCCCUCUGGAAGAGAGGAGCAAUCUUUCAUCUGCAGAGAAGAGCAAGAAUGAAAGAGAUGAGAAUGUCUUUCAGCUCUCAGAUGAAGAGGACAGCCGAGCACAGGCAGAGCCCGACACGAAGGUGCUGUCAAUGACACCAUCGACAGAAACACCGACCGAUGCUGAAUUACAGACUGACCCAGAACCCGACAUACAAACAAAUACCACAGAAACCCUUGAUACAGUGAAGGAGGGUGGAAAGAAGAAGAGUCAUUUCCUUCGCUUCCGCAAGAAAAAACAGUCAGAAGAAGACACUAGACAGAAAGAACCCAAGAAGAAGAAGAAAAAGAAGUCAAAGAAAUGCAGCGAGGACACCAGUAAAAAACUAUUGAAUGCUAUUGGAGGAAAACUCAAAGGACUUUUCUUAUCCAUAGUCAAGAAUGUCUAUAAGCCAACCUGUGGAUUCUUCCAAAACAUCCUUCAUGCAGAGUAUCGGGCAGCUACUGAUGUCUACGCUCUUAUGUUUCUUACUGAUGUGGUGGAUUUUAUCAUCGUCAUCUUCGGUUUCUGGGCUUUUGGAAAAUACUCGGCGGCAGCAGACAUAGCCUCCUCUCUGUCUGAGGACCAGGUCCCCGAGGCGUUUCUAGUCAUGCUCCUCAUUCAGUUCAGCACCAUGAUCAUUGACCGUGCACUCUAUUUGCGGAAGAGCAUCUUGGGAAAGCUCAUCUUCCAGGUUAUACUGGUUUUUGGUAUCCACCUGUGGAUGUUCUUCAUUCUUCCUGCUGUCACUGAGAGGAUGUUCAAUCAUAACUCAGUGGCCCAGCUCUGGUAUUUUUUCAAGUGCAUCUACUUCACUUUGUCAGCGUAUCAGAUCCGUUGUGGCUACCCUACACGAAUCCUUGGAAACUUCCUGACCAAGAAAUUCAAUCACCUCAACCUCUUCCUUUUCCAAGGGUUCCGCCUCGUUCCGUUUUUAGUUGAGCUUCGAGCAGUGAUGGACUGGGUUUGGACAGAUACGACACUGUCUCUCUCUAACUGGAUGUGUGUAGAGGACAUCUACGCUAAUAUCUUCAUCAUCAAGUGCAGCCGAGAGACAGAAAAG